GACAGGCGGGACAAAGCACUUGUUCGGAGGCUGCAGUCUUGUGAAGGAGCCGUAGUCUCUUGUCUCUGCUCCGGGAGACAUCAGCUUAUAGUCGAACCGAGACGCUUUUAAUUUCUUUAAAGAUCAAAUAAAAGAUUGCUUCACUUCAACAUUAACUCAGAAACAGGUGAAUUUAAUCUGACGGACGCGUUGUUGGUUUUUUUCUCAGCUGUCUCAAACUUUUGAGAAGAAGAGGAGGAUUUGACAGGAAACAUUAUUAUUUUGUACCCUUUCAUCGAUCUUCAGUUCAGGCCAUUUUUGAGCCAUGUUUGACAAGCAGCGCUACGAGAGUCCACCUGUCUACAGUCCUCCUUUCACCUCGCCAUCCAACAACGGCUUUGGCCCUCCAGGCAGCUUCCAUGGCCCUCAGAGCGAUUACAACGCAUACCCACCGCCGCCGGGAUCUUACUACAUUGAGGACAGACCGCAGCACUUCUACAAAUGGCUGUCACCUCCAGGAAUCGUCAAGGCCAUGAUGGCCACGGUUAUCGUGUUGUGUGUGGCGAUAUUUGCCUGUGUGGCCUCCACUCUCAUGUGGGACAUGCAGUACGGAAUGGGGAUGGGAAUGGGAAUGGGCUACGGCAGCGGAUACGGUGGCGGCAGCUACGGCUCAGGAUACAGUGGUUAUGGUGGUUAUGGAGGUUAUGGAGGUUAUGGAGGCUACGGCAGCAGCAGCUACGGCUCCUACAUCUCACCUUACUCAGCCAAAACCACCAUGAUUGCCAUGGCAGCCAUUAACUUCAUUGGGGCACUGGCCUUCUUCAUCACCAGCUUCUCUAAAUCCAACACUGUCCGCAGUAGGAAGUUCUUUCUUGCCCUCCUGAUAAGCAGCAUCGUUAUGGCUGUCCUGCAGGGAAUCAUAAACAUUGUUUACAUCGUCGGGGUGAACCCCAUGGCCCAGGGCUCCUCCAGUAUGAUGUACAAUCCGAUGCUUAUGAUGUGCCAGAACCUCUACCAGACCAGCUACUCACAGAUGGGAGGAGUGGGAGGCUUCCCCAUAUACAACCAGUAUCUCUACCAUUACUGCUUUGUGGACCCACAGGAGGGAGUUGCUAUGGUGUGUGGAUUCCUGGUUGUCAUCGCCUUCGGUGUGGCAGCUUUCUUCGCACACAAAACCAGAGGGAAGAUCUGGCGCUACGGCAAACCAAACAUCUACUGGGACGAGCCCCUUGUCGGCGGGAAGGCCUCGGAGGGCAGGGAUGUAGAGGAAUGGGUGAACAAUGUGGAGGAAAAUCGCAGUGUUCAAGACGCCCCUACCCUGCUGGUGUCAGAGAAGGGAGCCGGGCUGCUCAACGCCUCAGCAAACAGUGUCAUCUCCUACCCCCCAGCCAAGGUGGACAGCAGCUCCUAUAAUGGGGACGAAGACGACAACAACGAGUACUCAGAGAGAACCACCAGCCGGCCAUCAGAGGCUUUCUCUCAUGGUGGAAGAACCAGCUCCAGCCCUUCAGAGGAGACAGGCGGGGGCCGAAAACCCUCUGCCAACAGGGGCAAGAGACGCAGACGUAACCCUGAGCUGGAUGAGUCUCAGUAUGAGACAGAGUACACCACAGGAGGAGAAACAGGCAAUGAACUCGACAGAGAAGAAUGGGAGAGUGCGUACCCAGAUAUAAGAUCUGAUGCCGAGCGCCAUGACUAUAAGAGAGAGUUUGAUGCCGACCUUAGGGAAUACAAGCGCCUGUGUGCUGAGAUGGACGACAUUAAUGAUCAGAUGAACAAACUCAGCCGGCAGCUGGACACACUGGACGACACCUCUGCCAAAUACCAGGCUGUAGCAGAUGAAUAUAACCAGUUGAAGGAUCUGAAGCAGACAUCGGACUACCAAUCUAAGAAGAAACAGUGUCGCAGGCUGAGACACAAACUGUUCCACAUCAAGCGCAUGGUGAAGAACUACGACAAGAACCACUCGUGAAUCCACUGAGUCCUGAAACACUCAGCUCUGUGAUCUCCACAGCAAACACUCACA